AUCCUGCAAUUCAAUGGCUUUGUUACCCAGGACCCUGCAUUCACUAGAUCCGGUCUCCAAGGACCCUGCAUUCACUAUAUCUGGUCUCCCAGGACCCUGCAUUCACUAUAUAGUCUCCCAGGACCCUGCAUUCACUAUUUUCGGCCUCCCAGGACCCUGCAUUCACUAUAUCUGGCCUCCCAGGACCCUGCAUUCACUAUAUCCGGUCUCCCCUGCACCCUGCAUUCACUAUAUCCAGUCUCCCAGGACCCUGCAUUCACUAUAUCUGGUCUCCCUGGACCCUGCAUUCACUAUAUCUGGUCUCCCCGCACCCUGCAUUCACUAUAUCCAGUCUCCCAGGACCCUGCAUUCACUAUAUCUGGUCUCCCUGGACCCUGCAUCCACUAUAUCUGGUCUCCCUGGACCCUGCAUUCACUAUAUCCAGUCUCCCAGGACCCUGCAUUCACUAUAUCUGGUCUCCCUGGACCCUGCAUCCACUAUAUCUGGUCUC